GUCCAUUCGUGCCACAAAACCAUCAGAGCACACUGUAAUACUUGCUGUGGUUCCACGCACAUCUGCUGACCAAGAAGAGACUUCGGUUCUUCCCCUUCUUAAUGCAGGCUUUAAUAGGCAAUUCAUGGAGAAUAGCAGCAUAACUGCUUGUUACAAUGAACUGGUUCAAAUAGAACAUGGGGAAGUGCGAUCUCAGUUCAAAUUACGGGCUUGUAAUGCAGUGUUUACAGCAUUAGACCAUUGUCAGGAAGCUGUAGAAAUAACCAGUGAAGACCAUGUAAUUCAGUAUGUUAAUCCAGCCUUUGAGCAGAUGAUGGGGUAUCACAAGGCAGAGCUUAUUGGCAAGGAACUUACUGAACUACCAAAAAGUGAUAAAAACUGUGCAGAUCUUUUAGACAGUAUCAACACAUUUAUUAAGAAAGGAAAGGAAUGGCAAGGAGUUUACUAUGCAAGAAGAAAAUCAGGAGACAGUAUCCAGCAGCAUGUGAAGAUAACACCUGUGAUCGGUCAAGGAGGGAAAAUAAGACACUUUGUGUCCCUCAAAAGGCUGCAUUGUACCAAUGAAAACAACAAACAGCUCUGCAAGAGUCACCGUGAUGAGAAGUACACAGGAGACAAUUCUCAGUCAGAAUCCCAUUCCUUCAAAUGCAAGAACAGAAGGAGAGACUCAACUGAUGUUAAGUCAAUAACAUCUCAAAGUAGUGAUGCUCCAAGUUUACAGACCCGAUGGUACUCUUCUAUGGCAAGGAUCCAUUCAAUGACAAUAGAAGCUCCUAUCACAAAGGUUAUUAACAUAAUUAAUGCUGCCCAGGAAAACAGCCCCAUCACAGUAGCAGAGGCCUUGGACAGAGUUCUGGAAAUCCUGCGGACAACAGAACUUUACUCCCCUCAGCUAGGUACCAAAGAUGAAGAUCCUCACACAAGUGAUCUUGUUGGAGGUUUGAUGACUGAUGGUUUGAGAAGACUGUCAGGAAAUGAGUAUGUGUUUUCUAAGAAUACGAACCUGAGCCAUAGUCACCUGUCAGUGCCAAACACCAUCAAUGAUGUUCCACCCUGUAUUGCACAGCUCCUGGAUAAUGAGGAAAGCUGGGACUUCAAUAUUUUUGAGUUGGAGGCUGUUACAAAUAAAAGGCCAUUAGUGUAUUUGGGCUUGAAAGUUUUUGCCCGGUUUGGAGUCUGUGAGUUUUUAAACUGUUCGGAAGCAACACUGCGAGCAUGGCUGCAGGUGAUUGAAGCCAACUACCACGCCUCCAACUCAUACCACAACUCCACACAUGCUGCAGAUGUCCUGCAUGCUACUGCCUUCUUUCUUGGGAAGGAGAGAGUUAAGGGAAGUCUUGACCAUUUAGAUGAGGUGGCUGCAUUAAUAGCUGCCACCAUUCAUGACAUAGACCACCCUGGACGGACCAACUCUUUCCUGUGCAAUGCGGGCAGUGAAUUAGCUGUCCUUUACAAUGACACAGCUGUAUUAGAGAGUCAUCACACAGCACUGGCAUUUCAGCUUACAACUAAAGACAGCAAAUGCAACAUUUUCAAGAAUAUUGAUAGAAAUCACUACCGGACAUUGCGCCAGGCCAUUAUUGAUAUGGUUUUGGCAACAGAGAUGACGAAGCACUUUGAGCACGUGAACAAAUUUGUGAACAGCAUCAACAAGCCAAUGGCAUCUGAGGAGACCAGCUCACACAGCGAAGGCAGCGACUGUGAAUGUACAGGCAAUAUAAAGAAUUUUUCAGAUAACCAGACACUGAUCAAGCGCAUGAUGAUUAAAUGUGCGGAUGUAGCAAAUCCAUGUCGCCCUCUAGAGCUAUGUAUUGAAUGGGCAGGGAGGAUUUCAGAGGAGUAUUUUGCACAGACUGAUGAAGAGAAGAGACAGGGACUGCCUGUUGUAAUGCCAGUAUUUGAUAGAAACACCUGCAGCAUCCCCAAGUCUCAAAUUUCCUUCAUUGAUUAUUUUAUAACAGAUAUGUUCGAUGCAUGGGAUGCAUUUGCACAUCUGCCUGUUUUGAUGCAACACUUGGCUAAUAACUACAAACACUGGAAAACACUGGAUGAGUUAAAGUGCAGGAGUCUCAGGCUCCCAUCAGAAAACAACAACUGA